GAACCUUGUUUCUGAUCCCUUGAAUUUACCUUUGAAAACCAAUUGUUGUAUAGAUCUGUUUUUUUUUUUAAGCAGUAAAAAUGGGGGAUAAAUAUAACAUGAAGAAUCCAUCGGUAAAAAGAAUUUUACAGGAAGUCAAAGAGAUGCAAUCCAAUCCUUCUGAUGAUUUCAUGAGCCUUCCUCUUGAGGAAAACAUAUUUGAAUGGCAUUUUGCAAUAAGAGGGCCAAGUGAUACUGAAUUUGAAGGAGGUAUUUAUCACGGCCGAAUUCAGUUGCCUUCAGAGUACCCAUUCAAACCUCCAUCAUUUCAGUUGUUGACGCCAAAUGGACGCUUUGAAACUCAAACCAAGAUAUGCUUAAGCAUAUCAAAUCAUCAUCCUGAACAUUGGCAGCCAUCAUGGAGUGUUCGAACUGCGCUAACAGCACUGAUUGCAUUUAUGCCCACCAGCCCAAAUGGCGCUUUGGGCUCAUUAGAUUAUAAGAAAGAAGAAAGGCGUAUUCUUGCGGUGAAAUCUCGUGAAGCGGCCCCUAAGUUUGGUACUCCAGAUCGUCAAAAGCUCAUUGAUGAGAUUCAUGAAUAUAUGAUCAGCAAGGCACCUGCUGUCCCUCAACCAAGUUCUGAAGAGGCUUCUGUAGAGUCACCUCCUGUCACCACUGAAUUGGUGGCAGGUGAAGAAACUCCGAUGAGUGCACAAAAUAUCACAACAGAAAUUGGUGGACAAGAGGAACAACAGCUUGAAGAGAACCAUGAGGUUCCUGCUAAUGAAAACACAGAGCCUGAAGGCCCGAGGGUAUCAAUGCAGGCAGCUACUGCAGUACCUUCUGCUUCGUCCUCCGUACACACAGUGGAGCCACCGCAGCAACAGUUGGCGAGGGUUCAAAGGCCUGCCGAUGACCGCCUGUUUACGUGGGCAGCUGUUGGACUUACAAUAGCUAUCGUGGUGCUUAUCUUGAAGAAGUUCAUGAAAGCUAGUGGACAUGGUGCCGUUUUCAUUGACGAAUCUUGAAAUUAGAAAGUUUUUGGCCUAAAGUCAUGGCUGAAGUUUUCAUUUAUAUGUGGCCUAUGUUGCCAAUUAUGAUUUGGUUUUCGAUAAUUGUAGUGUAUAUGAUAAAAUGGUAUUAGUAUAUAUAUAAAUGAACAACAACCCACCCAUCUGAGCUUUUGUAAUGUACGUUGACUUUGUAUCUUGUGCAGUUGUAUUUGUGGAUUUGUUCUUUGAGAGGUC